UUGGUUGGUGAGGCAAGGUUUCCGAUGGAGCACGAAUGCAGGAAUGUGAAAGAUGCGGAGCUUCAAAAGUAAAACUGUCUGAAGAAGCUCAAGAAAACGCCCAAAUAGGAAUCACGAGUGGGCCCAAAAGGAAAUCCCGGUGGGGGCGCGGCCGGGCCCGUCCCCCCGGGGAAAGCGGGAGGGCGGCGGGCGGGGAGGAGGGGUUUGGCGGCGGCCGGAGCCGGCAUAAAGAGGCGGGGAGCCCGCGGGCGGAGCGGGCCGGCGGGAUGGAGGAGCGGUACAGCAAGGCUGAGACCCUCGCCCUGCGGAGGAAGCACAUCGGGCCUUCCUGCAAAGUUUUCUUUGCCAAGGACCCUCUGAAGAUAGUGCGUGGUCAGGGCCAAUAUAUGUUUGAUGACAAAGGAGAAAAAUACUUAGACUGUAUCAACAACGUUGCUCAUGUUGGCCACAGUCAUCCAUAUGUGAUAAAGGCUGCAACAAAACAGAUGGAACUGCUCAAUACAAAUUCUCGGUUCCUGCAUGACAACCUUGUUCAGUAUGCACAGCGUCUUACAGCCACCCUGCCCGAGAAACUCUCUGUUUGCUAUUUUGUUAACUCUGGGUCUGAAGCAAAUGAUCUUGCUUUACGACUGGCUCGGCAGUACCAUGGGCACCAAGACGUGAUCACCCUUGAAAAUGCUUACCAUGGCCAUGUUACAUCUCUGAUUGACAUCAGUCCCUAUAAAUUUAAUCAGCUGGGAAAGGACAGCAAGAAGGAGUUUGUGCAUGUGGCUCCUUCUCCAGAUAUCUACAGAGGAAAAUAUAGGGAAGACCACCCAGAUCCAGCAAGUGCUUAUGCUGAAGAGGUGAAAAAGAUUAUUGAAGAAACACAGAAGAAUGGACGCAAGAUUGCUGCCUUCAUAGCUGAAUCCAUGCAGAGCUGUGGAGGCCAAGUAAUUCCACCUGUGGGCUAUUUCCAGAAAGUGGCAGAGUAUGUGCGUGCAGCGGGUGGACUGUUCAUAGCUGAUGAGGUCCAGGUUGGCUUUGGCAGAGUUGGGAAGCAUUUUUGGGCGUUCCAACUGCAAGGCGAAGACUUUGUGCCUGACAUUGUCACCAUGGGAAAGCCCAUUGGCAAUGGCCACCCUAUGUCUUGUGUGGUCACAACAAGGGAAAUCGCUGAAAGUUUUGGUGCCUCUGGAAUGGAGUAUUUCAAUACAUUUGGAGGCAAUCCAGUGUCUUGUGCUAUUGGUUUGGCUGUGCUGGAGGUAAUAGAAAAAGAAGAUCUCCAAGGAAAUGCUACACGUGUAGGAAAUUACCUCCUGGAGUUGCUGGCUGAGCAAAAGGAGAAACACCCCUUAGUGGGAGAUAUCAGGGGUAUUGGAUUGUUUGUUGGAGUGGAUCUGGUGAAAGAUCAACAAAAGCGAACACCAGCCACAGCUGAAGCCCUUCACCUUAUUUACAAGCUGAAAGAGCAUCAAAUCCUUCUUAGUGCAGAUGGACCCCACAGAAAUAUACUAAAAUUUAAACCACCAAUGUGUUUCACAAUGGAAGAUGCAAAACAUGUAGUGGAGACAAUUGAUGCACUUCUCACAGAAAUGGAAGAGGCAACUGGAAUGAAGACAGAAAAUAAUGCAUCUACAAAUGCACAGUGUAAAAGAAAAACAACUGAAGGGAGUUCUCAGCCAGAAGGUGCAAAUGAAAGCAUCGGCCAUAUGAAUGGAGCUGCCUGCAGACAAGAAAAUGGGCUUUAUUCUAAAAAACCCUCACUGUCAAGUAAAAGAAUAAGAACAUGAAGAGGGAAAGUUUCCUCAUUCAGUUUGAAUUUGUGUCCAGCUUGCUUUUGAGAGGAAGAGUGCAAUAGUCCAAGUCUUAGGAUCUGUUUGAAGCCUAGUCCUACCUUCGUAAACUGGCUGAAUUCCUAUUAGCUUCAGUAGGAGUUUAAAAUACCUUUUCAGAUACAUGAGACCUGCACCACAUGGCUUGAAAUCUAGAAGUGACAGAAUGGACAAGUGAUACAGAAAUAUCUUAGCGCUGAUGGCAGGCUUGUCAUAGGUACACAAACUCAGUGAAAUCUGUGGAUUUACCCAUAUUACACAGAAUCUGAAUUGCUUAAUGACCAUACAAGCAAUGCCAAUCCUAUUAUUAUUAAAAUUAUAUGCUUAACAUGCUAUUUUUACAAUAUUUUAAAUUUCAAUAUGUAAUAUUGAGAUGUUAAUUACUUCCCAUGUUUUAAUGGCUGAAUUCUUAAAAAAAUGCUUGAGAGAGAAAUCAUUAUUAUCUUCCAGUGUAACUUAGGUCCUAUGGAUCAUAUUCCCAGCUGAUGUAAAUUGGUGUAGCUUUGUUAACGUCAACGAUGCUUUACCAAGAGUCUACCACUGUGUGUGUAGAGACACAACGUUUAUGCCGAGCAUUCUCACUUUAUGUUCAAAGAAAAUGAAGAAUCUGGAUCCUAAUUUUCUAUGGAUAAAGCAACUUUUAUAGAUAACUAUUUAUAUAGAGUAAGAUUUUAUGAUUUUUUUCCAAAAGUUUAUAUAUUGAACCCUCUCAGUCCAAAAAAUAUGCAAGUAGAGUAUAUAUCAUUUCAGACACACUGAUUGAAUUAACCUGAGUGUCUCUCAAAAUUAAGUUCCCAGGGACAGCCCAGCUUGCAUUCCGAUGGAUUUUAGUUGUUUUGACAGUUGUGGGAAUUACUGCCUGAUCCUGUUGUAGCAAUGCUGUUACUUUUUGUCAGUGCUGAUGAAGAGUCGCAUACCAGUUGAAUGGAAUCUUGACACAUAAAUGGCUAUGCUAACAUUUGACAGAUUACUAAAAUGAGAGGACCACUGCAUAAAACAUGCAUGCAACCACUUCGCAGCCACUGCCUAUCUCUGCUGCAGAUACUUUAGACUGACUUGUCUUCUUGUCAGUGUUAAAUUUCAACAAGAGCACACAAGUCCUGCUUCUCUUUUUUAGUACAUGCACAACUCCAUGCUAUGGAAGACACUGAGGGCUUUACAAAUGGUUUGUACUUCAUAAAAAAAAAAGACAAAAUGUAUUUCCUCUUCAAUUUUAAUACCCUAAGUUCUGCUGGUUUGUAAUUGCUGCUACUGACCCUACUGAUAUGACUGAAAAUUGAGCACCUUAUCUAAUUUCAUAUUUUCUACAAUUUGCUAUAUUAAUAUUGAUGUUGCCAGUGUAACAUCUUCCAACAUCUGCAAGCGGGCUUAUCUUCUGUUUCAUGAUCCUUGAAUAAUAAAAAUAAAUCUCUUAUUUGUAAUUA